GGUAUAUCUUUAUAUUGUUACUUAAAGAGCAGAGACCUAGUAUCUCAGAAAUUGAACUCUUUAAAGAAUCAUAAUUUUGGUUCUUCUCUGCAACCUAGGGUUUCAAUCUCCUUCUCGUCAAGGUUGACAUGAAUCUAUCAAAAUCUCGGAAGUUUGAAAUACAAUCAACUUCAAAGACUGUUAAGCAUUCAUACGUUGCGCCAAGUGCCUUAGCAAGGGGACGAGGGCAAAGCUUUAGAUCUUUGGGUUCGGUAAGGGUAAAUGCUGAACAGAGACUCCCGAUUGGAAAUAGUAAAAAUCUUAAUGCAGCAGCUUCUUAUCUGAAUGAGCUAGCUCAGAAUACGAAUCUUGCACCUCCUGGUUUUGAUCCACUAGAAGAUGAUGUUUCCCUCCCUCAAGAAGUUGAAGUGAUGCAAGACACUCAAAGAAGCAAAAUAAGACUCAAAGUUGGAGAAAAGUUGAGCGUCACUUUCUACCACAAUCGAGCUGUUGGGAAGCAUUCAACCACAUUUGUGAGACACUUAGGUAUAUUAGUUCGUGAUCAUAAUAUGUGUCCAUUGCGCGUACACUCGUGGGCGGAUAUCGAAGAAUAUAAGCUGGACCACAUUUGGGAAGUUGUUACUGACAAAUUUGAUAGUGCUGACAUAAAUGGUCAAAGAGAUCAUGUCUUGAAACAUAUGAGAAGGUUAUGGAAUAAUUGGAGAGGAUCAUUGCACAUUAUUGUGAAAUCUAAGCCAUUGCGCGACGUUUUAAAGGAUGUGCCAGAGGGGGUCGACAAGAGUGAUUGGGAAUGGUUGGUCAAGGAGCACUUCUUAUCUGAAAAGUUUAAGGCUGAAAUUCAAGAACUGGUACGAUCUGAGCCGUCUCUUAUAAACAUUGAGGUUGUAGAAAGGUGCUUUGGACCUCAAUGCAAGAUCCAUGUGUUUGGAUUUGGAGGUGGAAUAACCGCUAAGGAGUUGAAAGAUGGUAACUCCUCUAAGGUUGAACUAUUGGAUGAGUUAAAUGCAACUCGUAAAGAAAACCUAUCACUUAAAAAAACGCCUAGAUAACUUAGAGAGUACAGUUGCACGACUUGCAAGCAAAUUUUCUGGUCAGCCUUUAUCAACACCAUGUUCAAGUGAAUCAGAUACAGGCAUCUGACAGACAGGUUAGUAAACUUUUUACCAACCUUUUACAAUUAUCACAUGUCAUAUUCAUUUAUUUAGCUAGUCACCCUGCCACUUUCUACUGCCAUAUCUUUCUUUAUACAAAUUAUAAUUCCACUUAUGAUAUGAUGAGUAUUUCUUAAUCAAAUGAAUAAACAAAACUUUCUUCUAUUUUUCAUGUCAACAACUCAUGUGCCUCGCUCGUUUUUGUUGAAGGAUGAAAUAAAUAAAUAACUGCUCUUCAUGAACUGAGUGAUCACCAUCCUACUUCACUAUGAAAGCCUUCUAUAUUUCUUAAUCCAUUUUUCUUGAUCACUUAUAGAACUUAUUUGUCCUUUGCUGAACUUUUUCCUUUUCUUUUGGGUUAAAUCAACAAGAUUAUAUGUUAUUUUAUCUAAUUUUGAUACUUUUCUACACUCAACAAUGUGCUAAAAAAAUUCUGUAAAUAUUUUUGCAUAGACAAUGAGCUUAUUUCAAGUAUCCAGAGAAUUCUAAUUCACUGGAAUAUUAAUGGAUAGCAGUCAACUAGUCAGAUACCUCUGCUUCUGAAUUUUUGCAAAAAUCUCUAUUUUGUUCUUUAGAAGUGUAACUUUCUUGUAUGCUUUAGCAUAUUGUUUUGUUAGUACUAUAUAAAAAAUUAGUAGCAACUACUUCUAGGUACAAAAAUAAAUGGCAGUGUCUCUACCAUAUGUAGUUGCGCCAUUUUUCAUUUUCCUUUUCUACUCUUUAUUGAUAUUGACAAGUGUUAGAUAGUCUCAUUCAAGAUACAAAUAGACAGAACAGUAGUAGGAAAAAGAUGACAGAAAUUUUAUAAAUUAGUUUGUUUGGUAUUUUUUUCUCAAUGUAAUUAUGUGUACUGAUAUGUUUUGUUUGCUUUUUAAGAUUCUUUUUUUAGGAAUUUGUCUUUU